GAUUGGACGGGCUGAUAAUCCCCGGUGGGCCUCGUGCUCCUACUAACUUGCGAGCAGGGCAGAGCGCGAGUCACAAUCUGCCCAAGGCGAGGGAGGGCAAGAAACACGCGCAAGAGGAGAAAGCGACCGUGUGAAGGGGGGAACACAAACGCUCCGCGUCUCAGCGAGCGCAAUUAGACAAGUGCUGUUGAACGUGGGCUAUGUACGCAACAAGGGGGGAGCGCAGAGUACAGAGGAGGUGAAUGCAUGUAGAGGCUCAGCUUCAGACUCACAGCCUCCUUCUUCAAGAGUCACUGCGCUCACAGAGGAAACGAGUCAGAGGAGAGGGGAACUCCUAGAAAACAACGACUCUUGGAGAGAACUACUACGUGUGAGUUCCAUCAACAACAGAGAGGACAGAGAGGAAAAGACCGAAAAGUAGAGUUUCCCUGGAAGAGAAAAUGAAUGCCAGCGAAGAGAACCUGCUCAAGUCCAUCAGCAACGACGCGCUCCUCGACCUGACGCAGCGCUACGGCCAAUCAGCCUUCGGGUUCGGCGCUGGCCAUGGUGCUGGAAGUCCUGGCCGGUACCCGCUCACACCGGCGACCGACUUCCUCUCCGGGCAGACUACUAAGUCCAACGAGAGCGGCGGGGAGCACACGAGCGACGAUGAGGACGGUUUCGAUUCGCUAGAGUCCCGAAAGAGGGGGUCAUCGUUUGGGGACGACAAGCCCGGGGGGCCCCUCGCCAAAAAGUCCAAGGAGCAGCGCUCCCUGCGGCUCAGCAUCAACGCCCGGGAGAGGAGGAGGAUGCACGACCUGAACGACGCGCUGGACGGCCUUCGCUCGGUUAUCCCGUACGCCCACAGCCCCUCGGUGAGAAAACUCUCCAAAAUAGCCACUCUCCUCCUGGCCAAGAACUAUAUCCUCAUGCAGGCUCAGGCUCUGGAGGAGAUGAGGCGACUCGUGGCUUAUCUGAACCAGGGACAGACCAUAACCUCACCCAUCCCCACCGCCCUGGCGCCCUUUGGACAGGCUGCAGUCUACCCGUUCUCGGGCUCUGCGCUCGCCACCUGCGCCGAGAAGUGCAGCACCUACUCCGGGACACCGUCGACCCUCUUCAAACACUGUAACGACAAGCCUUGAUGCGGUUUCUUUCUCUUUCCUGAACUUUUGAACCUUUACUGCACCCCUGUCCAUCACUCUCUCUUUCUCUCUCUCUCUCUCUCUUUCUCUCUCUCUCCCACUCUAGUUCUUUUUAAAUCAUUCUGUGGAAAAUAAAACAAGUUUAGUCUGAUGCAUUAACUUUAAGUAAGGAUAAGUAAUUCAGCAGCAAUGUGUCCUCCAGUUGAAAAAAAAGUUACACAUAAAAGAAAAAGUGUAGGCCUUCUGAUAAGUCACUUUGUCGCUCGUGUACUUCACAGGCCAUGUUUGAAUAUUCACUUUUAGUAAUCAGCUUUCAUUUGUAAUCUAUGCAACAUUCAACAAUUCGAGGAGUAGAAAUGCCAAGUAUUGCGACCUAAUCUCGAUUUUCAGAUUAUUAUUCAUGGAAGCGAUUCCCUUUACUGACUGUACUGAUGCUGUGAGGGGGGAAGUAGGCUAUUAUGUUUGGCUGAGUUAUUUAGUUUAAUAAUUUGUCGAUUUGUUUAAAAAAAGAAAACGAUUUUGAAUUGUUUAUUUAAAUUUAAGUUGCUGCACAUCUCACAUGAUUGUAUUGUACAACUGUGGAAACUCCGGCUCUACUAACAGUUAUAUAACUUAACAGCCUAUACAUUGAAACACUGAAGAAGCGUUCUGGUUGUGUUGCAACAUGGAUUUCAUAUAUUGUUUAUAUGUCUUUAUAAUUAAAACACAUAUAUAUGCUUGGACCCGGUUUGCUUCAUUUCAACAAACACUGCAUAUAGCGCCAAACAUUACGCACACAUUUUACGCAUUUAAUGUUAUAACUUUAAGUGACGUGUAUGUUUCUAUUUGUUGUGAAAUUUAUCACGAAAGGAGAUUUAGAGACAUUUUGCUUUUAUUCUUUGAUUCUAUGUUGAGGUUAUUCCAAGAAAAGUGAAAGUUCAUAUCGAAAAAAAUAGUGCUUCAAAUUUAACCGGAUAUUUUUGGUGCUGCCGUCAAAUAAAGUAAAACCAUGUCUCUAAAUGCCUCCCACGAUGCUACAAUAAUUCCCAUCUCUCACCCACCAAAAAAAAAUGAGUUGGCAACUUAAUUUUCUUUGCAUGAGAAGCCCCUGUCAAGCAGAGCCGGCUCUGAACGUGCUCGCAGGGGCUGGUGGGGCCUGUUUGGCACGCAGCAGGGUCGGUGGCGCUGAGGGGAAGGGCGCAAGAGCCGCCCGGGGCACCCAGGACCUGUCUGUGGGGAUUUGGGUGAUUGCAGGCUUCCUUGGCGGGCUCUUAGAGUCUGGACAGCUAUUAACACGAUUUCAGCUUCUGUCUCCCUGCUCCACUUAAUUCAGAGAGCAUUGCAGGGACUGUUGUGUCUGCAGGUUUUGCUCUGUGAGCUGGUAGAUUUGGAAAAGGAGGAUUGUUUGAUGUGGUGUUAGGGAGGUGAUAUUUGUAUUCUUAAAAUAUCUGUAGUGCUUUGACUAUUUGUCUGAUGGUAGCCACCUUCACCUGGAAAUUGACAUUUUCUGGCUUUACAUCUAGACUUUGUGCAAAAUGAAUGAUCUUCACUGAUUCAAAACAAAUGCAGGAUUUUCUAUUUGUAAAUUUUAAGACGGGCCCUCAGGACAGUGAGAUACACAAACACCUGCACUCUUUUUAUGCAUUAAAUACCAGAAAAAGAGAUUAUUUUUAAAUAUGACCCACAUGUGUUGCUUUAACAAUUCUGUUAAACAUGUAUUUAACAUUUUAUUUAUCAAAAGCCAGUCCACAACAAAUAUAGUGAUCAACACCAUCUAUCUUUUUUAAACUCUAAAGAACAUGCUUAACUUAAAUAGUUAUUUGUAUGACAUCCAACAGGUGCUCUCGCUGUCUCUUCUAUAAAACAAACCCCUGCAGAUUAUACAUUGACAUCAGACCGGUCUAUUUCUGCCAGCCACAGAGUGACUAAGUAAUCCACCACAGUCUCUCUCUCUCACAAUUUAGCUUCUUGUCACAACAACAGGCCACCCAUGGCAUCGGAAAUUGGCCCUCUGAUGACACAUGUCUUGUCUGAGGUCCCACGAGACGUUGAGGGCAGGAAGGAUGAAAUGUGACAAAUGCAGCCGAUGAUGUGAGGACUUCAGGGCCCUGCACUCAAUCAGUCCCUGCACAGCCUAAUUGUCAUAAAUGAGACGGUUGCCUUUUUGCACGGACGGCUGGGUGGUCACUCUCCCUCUCCCUAUAGGCCUAUAAUGUUUAGCUGCUGGACUCUAUGUUUUUCUGUGUCACCUUAUUAUCUUAAUGGGCGUCAGCGUGCAUGGUGGCAGCGUGUCACUUUACAAAUAGACUUUAUCUUUAUAAUAAGACAUAUUUGUAAUUUGCUGGUCACAUGUUCAUGUCUCCAGCCUAUCAGCAGUGGAUCUUGUGAGUCUGAAACCACUCAUUAUCUUCUUCUAUCUCUGUAACAGAUAACUUUAAGGUGUGUAAAAUACAUUUCUACUGUGUUUUUCUCCUUUUAGAGUAAACAAUAUCCUCAAAUAACUGAUGUGUGUUAAUAUCUGUGAAACUUGUUGAUUUUUUUGAUGGUCUUCAAGUUAAAUAGGAAAUAAUGUUCUUGUUUUAAUUAAAAUAAAUACACAAUUUAUAUCAUUUUGGUGUUUUAAUAAACUAAAGUGAUCAGAA